CCGCCCAUCCAGCCGGCCAGCGCUGUGUGGCUCUGGCUGGCUGAGCGCUCCGCAGCCCCUGUGCUCCCAGAGCCACCUCUGGGGGAGGCGCCAGGUGCCUGAACUCCGCUGUCACCUCGUCCCGCUUCCUUAUAAAUGUGGGUCAGCGCUGGCGGCGGCAGCAGAGGCGGCAGCAGCACCUGGCCCCGCAGAUCCCGAGCAGCGGGUUCCCUCCCUCCACGCCCGGAGCCGGACGCGCAGCAGCAGCAGCAGCAGGGAACCCUCCCGCCUGGGCAGCGCCGCGCACCAUGGGGGGCUGCGAAUUCCUCCUCCUCUGGAAGCCCCGCUCCCUCCUCUCGCUGGGCCUCUUCGCCCUGGUCCUGCUCGAGGUGCACUGGGGCGCCGCGGCUCCCUUGCAGGCCAACGGCGGAGCCUCCCCUCUGGCCAAGAUCUACCCCAGGGGCAGCCACUGGGCGGUGGGACAUUUAAUGGGGAAAAAGAGCACCGGAGAUUUUCCCUAUGUUUAUGAAGAAGAAAACAAGAUCCCAUUUUCAGCAUUACCUGAAAAUGUCAAGCAGCUGGGAGAGUACCUGCAAUGGGAAGAAACGUUGAAGAAUUUGCUAAGGCUGUUAGAAGGGAAUGAAAACAGAAGCACUCAGAUCCUAAGGGAAGAGCUUCCCUGGUAUACCAAGAACACUUGGGAGACAGAUGAUGACAGCAGCUUUAAAGAUGUAAGUUUAAAACAAGAAGAUGAUGGAUUAUCUGCUUCAAGUUAUGAAUAGGAAAGAAAGCACUCCAAGCUGAAGUGAAGAUCUUCCAACCUUGAAGGAAUAGAAUAGUAUCCUUAAGAGACUGUAUUUCAUAAACACUCAGUUGUAACAGAUAACCAACAAGAUUACUUUUGUGUAAAAUACCUAAACACUUGUAUUCUUGUAUGUUCCAACAUUGACUAAACUCUUCUCCUUUUUUCCCCUCCAAGCUGCAUUUUCUUGUUUGAACUGCUUUGCUGUAAAUACUUGUCCAGGAUGGGUCUUCCAGUUAUCUGACUUCUCUGUCUAAUCAGUUCAUCUUUAGGUUAAAACUACAUGACAUUUCAACAUUCACAAUAAAUAAUAAGAAGGCCAA